CCGCGCUGGACCACUCACGUUGCACUGAUCGAUCAUUAUAAUGAGCCUACACCUUCCACCCAAACGCGAUGCCAGUGUUGAUUCCGAGAGCCUCGAUGAAUCUUCGCAUGAGCUGAGCUCUUUCCGCCGACUCUCGCAGCUGUCUACGAUUGCCAAGUCAGCCAUGUCGCUCAACGAGAUCUACAGCGUCGAGAUCAGCAGUACUUACGAGAGCGAAGACGCCACAAUCUAUGUCGUCAAUGUGUUCCUACGCACAACGCAAAAAGGUUUGCCCACUGUGGAGACACUAGACCAACGUCGUCGCCGCCUACGGCGGGAGUACAAGGGACUAACACCAGACUACCAGGUCGAGCACCGAUAUUCCGACUUUCGUGCUAUGGUCAAGAGCAUUUCGGAUGUGGUAAAUGAUCACGACCAUUUCCGCUUCUGCGCGUACUGUAGUCGCGUUGGCAUCAUCGAGUCUGCCGCGGGUUUCCCGCCUCGAGUCCCGAACCGCGGCCCUCUCGCGGCAGGCUGGCGGCAAUUGCUGACGCGGAUCCGGAAACACCGCCUCGAGCGCUUCAUGAACCAGCUUCUCAAGGCUUCGAAGGAUAUGUCGUACCGUACCAGCGCUACCAGCCAUUGCGGCCGGUUCCUGGUCGUUUCGCAGAUUUUGAACAGCUUCCUCUCACAGCGUGAGGAUGCAAAAGUAUCGGAUGUUGCUAUCGAAGCAAGAUAAUAUUUGCAUACCACAUUUGGCCACCGCAUAAGCUCAAUGACACUCAAUUAUUUGCUAUGUCUCAGGUGAACUAUUACUUGUUACUGUAGUUCGCUACUGAUGGUGUUCAUCACAUCACAGCUUGGCGUCCGUCCUCUGCCACGCGCGUGCGGUCUUCUCCAUCAGCAGUCGAUGAACUCGCUCAUUUUGCUCAGCAUUUUGAAGUUUCCGC